AUGGUUCGCAUAAGCCAAAGGCAGUCUUGCCGAGAACAUUUCCAAAGAUUAAAAAUCCUGACAGUCCCAUGUCUUUACAUUCUAGUUCUUCUCACAGAAUUUGUCAAGCACCCAGAAAGAUACGAGACCACAGAGGAAAGGAUGAAACGCCUUGAGACUAGAAGGAAGGACAUACCAAAUUCAACACAGCCGAAGCUGGGAAUAGCUAUGCACAGUGUCAAAUAUCAGGCGGUGGUAGUAGACGCGCUGCUGACGACAUCUCGCUCCGCGUUAUCCGCGCUGUUGGCCCUGCCGGACUCAGCCGCUCAUCUGCUGGAGCCUUCACAGGAGCGCGAGAGCAAGCGUGUGGAGCCGAAGGUGGAGGUGGAGACGGGCAUCCAGUUCGCGCUGCUGGCCGGCGCCGGCGCCGCGCACCAGCACCACGACAUCUUCGAGCUCUCGCUCAACAGGGCGCUGCAAGGUCGCAACACAACGUCGGCGGACCAGAGCAGCAAGCUGUCGAAGGUGACGCAGCUGACGGGCUUCUCGGACCCCGUGUAUGCCGAGGCCAUCGUGGCCGUCAACCAGUACGACAUCGUGCUCGACGUGCUCGUCGUCAACCAGACCGACGAUACUCUCCAGAACUGUACAGUGGAGCUGGCCACGCUGGGCGACCUGCGGCUGGUGGAGCGGCCGGCGGCGGUGGUUCUCGCGCCGCGCGACUUCGCCACCAUCAAGGCGCACGUCAAGGUCGCCUCCACCGAGAACGGCAUCAUCUUCGGCAACAUCGUAUACGAAGUGUCGGGCGCGUCGAUGGACCGCGGCGUGGUGGUGCUUAACGACAUCCACAUCGACAUCGUGGACUACAUCCAGCCCUGCGCCUGCAGCGACGCCGACUUCCGCCAGAUGUGGGCCGAGUUCGAGUGGGAGAACAAGGUGUCUGUGAACACGAACAUCACGGAUCUACGCGAAUACCUCGAGCACUUACUAAGUUCCACAAAUAUGAAGUGCCUUACGCCAGAUAAGGCGUUAUCCGGUCAAUGCGGCUUCAUGGCGGCGAAUCUGUACGCGCGCUCGAUAUUCGGCGAGGACGCGCUCGCGAACCUCAGCAUCGAGGUGCCGCUGCACAAGCCCGGCGCGCCCGUCGUCGGCCACGUGCGCAUCCGCGCCAAGAGCCAGGGCAUGGCUCUGAGCCUGGGCGACAAGAUCAACUUGAUGCAGAAGGCGCAGCCCGCCAAGCCGGCCGCUGCCGCCGCGCCCAUCCCUGCUGCGUAGCACAGCCUAAGUAUUCCCCCACGCACUGCAUAGCUAUGAACGGACGGCCUUUAUCACACGGACUGCACCACAAAACCUCACGCAGUCGCUAUAUCAACUGCAUGUAUAGUCUGGUCUGCGAGCACGUAUAAUUUUGUCCAAUGACCCCAAGCUACCCAUCCUUAUCGCUCGCGCGUAAUUAUGUUGCCGUCGCGCUUGCACACUCACUGCAGGCGCCCGUCAAACAGUCGCGACAGCAAUACAAUUACGCGCGAGCGAUAAGGAUGGGUAGCUUGGGGUCAUUGGACAAAAUUCUACGUGCUCACAGACCGGGCUUUAGUUGUCUGCUGACUUUGUCAAAGAGACAAGGUUCAAAAUAUAAAAACGAUCAUGAACUUUGUAUGGGAGGUCCAAAUAUUUUUCAUAUUUCGACCCACGUUUUUUUAAACAAGUUGUUUAGUAUCACAGUUUGAAGCUCCUAAACCCUGCAAAAUAUUGCUCAUAGUUGUUUUAA